AAGAGAGACAAAUGGGAAGGUCCUGUUGUUUCUAACGCACCUAGCUUUCCUAAGUUCGAAACUUUUUCCUUUGGACGCAGGUUUCUUAGUUUGAAAGUAAUAAUGAGUAAUCUUGAACAGGUAUCAUCGAACAAAUGUUUUGGAGGCUUCCAGAAAGUCUUCAAACAUUCCAGUUCUGAAUUGAAAUGUGAAAUGAAAUUCGGUAUUUAUUUACCUGCGAAAUCUGAAUUUGGCAAACUUCCUGUGCUCUAUUGGCUUUCCGGUGCGACAUGUAGUGAGCAAAAUUUCAUAACAAAAUCUGGUUUCCAAAGAUAUGCAGCAGAACACAACAUCAUCGUUGUUGCACCUGAUACAUGUCCAAGGGCAUUUUAUGAGCGCAAAGAUGAUGGCUAUGACCUUCAAAAGGAUGUUGCUUCCUAUGUGGAUGCAACUCAACCAAAAUGGAGCACCAACUACCGAAUGUAUUCUUACAUUGUCAAAGAGCUGCCAAAAUUGAUAGAAUCCAACUUCCCAGUCUUACCAGAAAAGAAAUCCAUUUUUGGCCAUAG